UUCAAACUGAUCUCCCUCAGCGUUGCUGCCGGCGCGUAGGGGGUCGGAGGCAGCACCUUGGUGCGUGCGUGCGCGCGCGUGUGCAUGUGUGUGUGCGUGUAUACGCGAGUGUGAAUCUAUUCCGAUAUCAACGUGUGAGCAUGAACGGCGCAUAGGGUGCUGCUCAGCAAGGAGAGGAGAGGAGAGGACAGCGCUGGAGAAGGAGGGACAAGUCCAAGACGUGGAGCGCUUGUGCACGCACUCACUCGCGCUCUCUGGUGCCUCUGCAAAGUGCUGUUUCACCCUGGUGUCGUCGCUGGCCGUCUCUGCACCCUGUUGGGGGGGGAUUUGGGGGAGCACCUGCACCGAGGCGCAAAAGCUCACAUUCCUGAAGAUUGCACCAUCGAGACGCGUCAGACAAGGUCCAGGAUGGCGCUCACUCUGUGUGCAGCUGGGCGGCAGAUCCUCUUUGCUCUGAUGCUGCUGCUCUAUUUGGGCUUGGGAGCAGCCUCCUCCAUAAUAAACAUGCGUAGGAUCACCCAUCCUACAGUACAACAAAUGCUGGCAGGCAAAGCUGUCCUCCCCUGUGUCUUCACCCUCCAGACCAGCUCCUCCAGCCAGCCUCCCCAGCUCCUGUGGACUCGCAUCAGGGCGCCAGCAGAAGAAGAGGGCGUUCAUGUGGAGCAGAUUGUGCUUUCUGCUAAAGGUGAUGUAAUCAAGGUGAAUAAGGCUUUCAGUGGCCGCGUCCUGCUGCCAGGGUACGCUGCCAAUCCUCUGAACGCUACCAUGGAGAUCUCCGGUCUCCGCACCAACGACUCAGGCACUUACCAAUGUCAGGUUGUCAUGGGUAACGACUGUGAGAGAGACACUGUGCCCCUGGUGGUCUCCGGUGUUGUGUUUCACUACCAGGCUCCCGGCUCUCGAUACGCCCUCUCGUUUGCCGACGCCCGGCGGGCCUGCCUGGAGAACUCGGCUCAGAUGGCCACCCCCGCCCAGCUGUGGGCGGCGUACCAUGACGGCUUCGCCAGCUGUGCACCCGGCUGGUUGGACGACCAGACUGUCCGCUAUCCUGUCCAGUCGCCAGAGCUUGGUUGCUAUGGACACCAGGAGUAUUCAUCUGGAGUUAGGAAUUAUGGGAAGAGAGACCCGAAAGAGCUGUUUGAUGUGUACUGUCUCGCAAAAGACCUAGAUGGGGAAGUGUUCCACUCCUCGGUCCCGGGCAGGCUGUCUCUGUCGUCAGCCUCGGACCGCUGUGUGUCCCUCGGGGGGCAGCUGGCCACGGCGGGGCAGCUUUAUCUGGCCUGGAAGGCCGGCCUGGACAGCUGCGCCCCGGGCUGGCUGUCCGACGGCAGCGUUCGCUACUCGGUGAUCAGGCCUGGUCCAGACUGUGGAGGGGGCCAGCCAGGGGUCCGCACCGUCCCCCCCAACAGCACCGGAGACAACACCACAGCGCUGUAUGAUGCCUACUGCUACAGAGGUAAAGUGACGAAUUCCGCCUCCAUCUCUGAGAUCUACACCUCCCUGUGGAAGCCCUGGAGCUACCUCACAGGGUCAGGUGAUGCUGAAUCAGGGACGGGCAGCAGUGACGGGACUACGCAGCAGACCACCACCGCCAGAGGGCUCUCUGAUGGCAGUGAUGUUUCACUUUCAAACUGGACCGGAUUGGUUGACCUAGAAAAGGAGGCCUCCCUUUACAGCACUGAUGCUUCCUCAGACCCCUGGUCCUCAGAGUCUUCAGGGUCAUUUGUGACCCUCCAGCUAAUCCCAGGACAGAGCCUCUUAGACUGGGGAGAGCCACUGGAGCCCGACCCCGACUCAGAGAAGUUUCUCCGACCCCCGGUCCACCCUACUCCUGCUGACAAGAAGGUGAUCUCCAAGAUUGUCAAGUCCAUUUGGAAGCCUUGGAACUACCUGGCAGGGACUGGAGAUCACGAAGGAACCCAAACACCGAGUGGACAGACGGGGGAAGGGGAGACGGCCACGAAAAAGACCGAUGAGGGGUCAAACUCAUCCAGUGCAGCAUCACCAAGUUUGCUUUCUCGGGGAAGUUCAUGGUUUAGCGGUCCCUUGAGGGAAAACUCCACACCAGCGAGCGAAGAACCUCCCACACGUCUUGCAUCUACUUUGGUCGCCUCCAGUAACUUUAUGACUACAGAGAGCACUAAGAGCUGGGAGACUUCAGAGAUGAUCACGUCCACCGCCUCCAGCUCUUCUUCCAGAAUCACAUCAUCCAGCGGGGAAAUCUGGGUCCGCGUUGAUUCUGAGACCACGACCCAGCCGGGUGGCAAGAGGGAGGAGACGGUGACCUCCAGAGGCAGCGGCAGAGGAGGCAGAGGAAGGGGGAAGAAGAACAGAGGGGAGGACAGGAGCAGAGGAGAGGAGAAGGGAAGAGGAGUGGAGAAGGGGAAAGGAGAAGACGAGGGGAGUGGAGAAAUCACUAGCAUGGAAGCAAAGGGGGAGAUACAAGUGUCACGUCGACCGGUUGGAACAAGCAAACCAAGAGAGAGAUCCAGAGAAAGAUCUAGAGAGAGGGGUCACAGGAAGGGACAGACCACCACUACCACAACCACCACUGCCACAACUAGUCCACUGGAGCCCACAGUGAUGACCACAACUGGGCCGGAAAGCUCUGACUUAUCUACAACGAAAUCCCCAUCCACCUCACCAGCAGAAACCGCAUCCCCAUCAAGCCCACCAGAUCCAUACCCAUCCCUCUCCUCAUCUCCAUCACCAUUGCCGUCUGUAACUGCAUCCCCAUCUCCAUCCUCUUCUCAGCUUUCCCCAUCUCAAUCCCUGUUUGAAUCCCAAUCUCCCUCCCCAUCUGUGUCUCUUCCAUCUUCCCCCACGCCAUCUCCAUCUCCAGCUCCAUCUCCAUCUCCAUCUCCAUCUCCAUCUCCAUCUCCAUCUCCAUCUCCAUCUGCAUCUCCAACCAAUUUCUCACUUCCAUCCCUCUCAACCUCUCCUUCAUCACCCAGUUCCCAUUACCCAUUUCAAACCACUGGUUCAGGAGAGCCAGCUCCAACUACUCAAUCAGGCAACCAGGAGAGCUCCACUAACCACGUGCCAUCACCCCGCUGGGUCCCAGUGGAGAAAGCUGUUCUGAACAGCUCUCUGGAUUAUCCUCCAUUACUGUCGGUAACCCCCGAUGUGGAGGAGCCUUCGUGGUCCCACGCUGUGGGGUCAGGGGCCUUGUUACCUGGCAACGUGGAGGAGGAGAGCAACAGAGGCGCAGUCAACAUCAGUACCAUAACUCUAAGCCCAACAGACAAUGCAGAGCCGUGCGUGACAAACCCAUGUCUGCACGGAGGAAAAUGCCUUCCGCAGGGAACGGGCUACAGCUGCUACUGCCCACAAGGAUACGCUGGGGAGAACUGUGAGAUUGAUGUUGAUGACUGCCAGUCCGAGCCGUGUGAAAACGGGGGCACCUGCAUCGACAAGAUUGAUUCGUUCCUCUGCCUUUGCCUGCCCAGCUAUGGAGGAGACACGUGUGAGAAAGACGUAGAAGGCUGCGAGCACGGUUGGAGGAAGUUCCACGGCCACUGCUACAGGUACUUCAACCACAGACACACCUGGGAGGACGCGGAGAAAGACUGCAGAGAGCACAGUGCCCACCUAAGUAGCGUCAUCUCGGCUACAGAGCAGGAGUUUAUCAAUGGUCUGGGUCAUGACAACGCCUGGAUCGGUCUGAAUGACCGCACGGUGGAGGAAGACUUCCAGUGGACUGACAGCAACGAUCUGGUCUAUGAGAACUGGAGGGAGAGCCAGCCGGAUAACUUCUUCGCGGGGGGGGAGGACUGCGUGGUCACAAUUGCCCAUGAGGACGGCAAGUGGAACGACGUGCCCUGCAACUACAACCUGCCCUACAUCUGCAAGAAAGGCACAGUGUUGUGUGGGACCCCGCCCGCAGUGGAGAACGCCCAUUUGAUAGGUCGGCGGAGAUCCCACUACGACAUCCAUGCAGUGGUACGCUACCAGUGCUCUGAGGGCUUCUUCCAGCGUCACAUCCCCACUGCUCGUUGCCGGGCGGACGGGAGCUGGGAAAGACCCAGGAUCAUCUGCACAAAGUCCCGGCGCUCUCACCGGUACCGACGCCACCAUCGCAAUCAGCACAACGAACGCCGCGGCCACAGGAGACACGGCGGAGAGGGACACAAGGCCAGAGAGGACGCACACAGCUACUACUGAACCAAAUAAUAUAACAUCUGCAAAGCCUAGGUGCUAACCGUGGC